UGUAUUGCUCAUUUUGGCUCGAGGAAUCUGAGCCAGCUUUUGUCGGGAUCGCUUCGAUUCCACAUGUCGGUAUCAUGAAUGAGUGCCCGUUCCUCCAAUGAACCGCGACAUCGAUGUUGCCGUCUUCGCCGUCGUCGUCUGUUUUGGAAGAAUAGAAUGCUUUCGUUCUGCUGAAACUAAUGGUCGAGUUUUGAUUUUAGUGGCAACUCGAAGACAGACGAUCUCCAUAUAUCCCCUUCUCGUCUCCGUGUUCUUCCCCUUGCUAACAUCAAUCUCCUCGUUACUUCCAUAAACCCAUGGAAGACAACAAAGACGUGUACACGAAAGAUGGGACGACAGAUCUCCAUGGAAACCCAGUUAUCAAGAAGAACACCGGAAAUUGGAGAGCUUGUCCCUACAUUCUCGCAAACGAGUGCUGCGAAAGGCUGGCGUACUACGGGAUGAGCACCAACAUGGUGAACUACAUGAAGGAUCAUCUCCACCAAGAGAAUGCCACAGCAGCGAAGAACAACACCAACUGGUCCGGUACAUGCUACAUCACACCCCUGCUUGGGGCGUUCAUAGCUGAUGCCUACCUGGGAAGAUACUGGACGAUUGCCGGCUUCAUGAUCAUCUAUAUCUUGGGUUUGACACUGUUGACGAUGACCGCGUCAGUGACGGGUUUGAAACCUCCUUGCCAAAAUGGUCUCUGCGAUCCAACGACGGCACAAAGUGCAGCAUUCUUUGUGGCACUCUAUCUUAUUGCGCUGGGGACGGGAGGAAUCAAGCCAUGCGUCUCUUCCUUCGGCGCCGACCAGUUCGAUGAAUCCGACGAGUCGGAGAAGAAGAGGAAGAGCUCCUUCUUCAACUGGUUCUACUUCUCCAUCAACGUAGGCUCCCUGGUUGCUUCUUCUGUGAUAGUUUGGGUUCAGACGAACGUGGGAUGGGGAUGGGGGUUUGGGAUCCCGGCGGUGGUGAUGGCUGUCGCGGUGGCGAGCUUCUUCUUCGGCACUCCCCUGUAUCGGCACCAGAAACCCGGAGGAAGCCCGCUUACGCGCAUUGCUCAGGUUGUGGUGGCAUCUUGGAGGAAGUGUGGAGCGAAGGUGCCCGAUGACAAGUCACUGCUUUAUGAGAUUACGGAGAAGGAAUCCGCCAUUCGAGGCAGCCGUAAGCUUGACCACACAGAUCAAUUCAAGUUCCUCGACAAGGCUGCGGUAGAGACGCAAGCAGACAAACUGACGGGUCCGGUGAACCCAUGGGGGCUGUGCACGGUCACCCAAGUGGAGGAGCUGAAGAGCAUUCUGCGGCUUCUGCCCGUUUGGGCAAGCGGCAUCGUCUUCUCUGCCGUCUACAGCCAGAUGGGCAACAUGUUCGUGCUGCAGGGCGACACCAUGGAUCGGCACAUGGGCCCCCACUUCGAGGUACCGGCGGCGUCGCUCUCCAUGGCCGACACCAUCGGCGUGAUCAUGUGGGUCCCGAUCUACGAUCGCAUCAUCGUGCCGGCGGUCCGAAGGUGGACCGGCCGGGAGCGCGGCUUCACGCAGCUGACGCGCAUGGGCAUCGGCCUCGUCAUCUCCAUCUUCCCCAUGUUGGCAGCCGGUGCUCUGGAGGUGGUAAGGCUGCGAACCGCGGCGCGGCACAACCUGUACGACGACCCCGAUGCCUACGUUCCCAUAUCCAUAUUCUGGCAGGUGCCGCAGUACUUCAUCGUGGGCGUCGCGGAAGUCUUCACCUUCAUCGGGCAGCUGGAGUUCUUCUACGACCAGGCACCCGACGCGAUGAGGAGCAUGUGUUCCGCCCUCUCGCUCACCACGGUGGCGCUUGGCAACUACUUAAGCUCCUUGCUCGUCACGAUCGUGGCUGCCGUUACGACGAGGAACGGGAAGCUCGGAUGGAUCCCGGAUGAUCUUAACCGCGGCCACCUCGAUUACUUCUUCUGGCUCCUGGCCGUUCUCAGCCUUCUCAACUUCGGCGUGUAUCUCUUGAUCGCCAAGUGCUACACCUACAAGAAGACAAUAGACGAUGAGAAGACAACAGCUAAUGACGCUGAGCUGCUGUGAGGCUUGUAAUAGGUUGGGUUGCUUUAGCAGACAGGCGAGGCUGUGGAAGAACUCCACCAGGUGUUUGCGUUUUGUUCGAUGCUGGUCGUGCUUUAAUGGAGCUCUGCAAGUUGGCAAUCCUGCGAUAGCUUGACUUGUUCUUGUGACAUUUUUAGCAUCCCUAAAACAAAGAAAUCCCAUCUCGAGUGCUCUCUA